UUCAUUACAGAACUCUUCAGUAAGUCACAGGGACAGCAGCAAUAAGCAGUCAGUCCAAACAGUUUGGAUAGCACCUCCUGAAAGUGGAAAUAUUCAGUUCAGAGCAACUGUGUUUCAGGAUUUGGAUGAACAUGGAGUUAGUAUUAAAAGUCAGACUCUCCAAACUUUGACAAGAUCAACUAAGACUUUACAAUCAAUGAAUUCCAGUAACUGUGGUAAAAGCAAGUUUUGUUUCAGCAGUCCAGAUAAAUGUGAUCCCACAGACAUAGAUUGUUUGUUCAUGUCUUCUGAGUUGCUUAAUGAUGGAAGUUUCAGAUUUGAAAUGAGCGGCCUUUCUGAUGGUUAUAUUGCCAUUGGGUUUUCCAGUGAUACUUUAAUGGGCAAUGAUGAUGUUUAUAUCUGCUUGAUAAACAUGACUCAACAAGUAGAAGUUCAAUAUGCCUCAACGUCUGGCCGAUCACCUCCAACUAUUAAAGACCUGGGUAAAGUGAAGAAUAUAGAGACAUCUUACAACAAUGGUGUCAUCAAAUGCAGUUUUGUUACCAGUAAUCCCAUAACAGUUGAACAAAGUGAUUCUGACAGCCUUUAUUAUGUUUUUUUGGUUUUGGGACCAGUUCAGAAUGGACGCAUAAGGAAACAUACUAAGAUUCCUUUAAUAACGUCUCAGAAAGUAAAUAUCUCUGAACCAGGAAAUUCCUUCUCAUCAAUACCAACUCUAAUUAAGGUUCAUGGUUCUAUCAUGCUUGUUGCCUGGAUGACAGUAGGAACCACAGGCAUGGUCUUUGCCCAUUUCUGGAAAGGUGUUAUGAUAAAGCAAAUUCUUGGCAAAGAGCUCUGGUUUCAGGUACACAUAUCUCUGAUGACACUGACAGUGGUAUCCACAGUGAUAGCUUUUAUACAUGUCCAAGGAUGGAGUAGCAACUUGCCUCAUGCUAUUAUGGGUUGUGUUGUAAUACUUCUGGCUUUCCUUCAACAAAUAAUUGCUCUCUUUCGACCUUCACCUCAGCAUAAAAGGAGAAUUAUCUUUAAUGUUUCCCAUGCUCUAACAGGUUUUGUAUUAAGGAUUUUAUCAGAUGUUACUAUAUUACUAGGAUUGAAGUUUAUUGAUGCAUCUCCCAACAGAUGGAUGGAAAAAGUAAUGGGAGGAUUAGUUGGCUGGGGAAUAUUAAGAGAUGUGUUGUUCUAUGCAAAUGUUUAUUUUUGGAAGAAAGAUGGUUAUGAAAAUCCAAAAGGAAAGAUAAAAAAUGAAAAAAUUCUGGUAAUAAUUUAUCUGUGUGGAAACCUCAUAUUUGUAAUAACCCUGCUUGUUGGAAUUGGACAAUCCUAGAGAAAUUGAUCUUCACUCAAUGAAGAUUUUGAGAAUCACUGCCAUGUUGACUAAUUUUUGUACCUAGUAAAAACUAGAAAAAUAAAAAGUUUAAAUAGA